GAGGGUGAGUGCGCUGGCGCUGGCCACAGCGCCCAGCCUAGCUCCCCGCCAGCUUUCCUAGCCCCCGCCUGCGGGAGCCGCCCUCCCGUGGGACCAGCACCCUCAUCUCCGCAAGGCAAGCCUGAAUCCUGCCCCUGCCAUCUCGCCACUGCAGUGUGGGUCCGGAAAGGCACCAUUUUGUCGCGGCUGCCCGCUCUCCCAAGGGGAGGAGGGCUCUCCUUUUUUGCAUUUUGGAGCCGCUGCCUACCAAAGGAACCUGUUGGGCAUCUCCCCAGCCCCGCUUGGGAGCGCCUCCUGGGCGGUUGGGCAGGACCAGACCCCUCGUGGGGAACACAGUGCUUCCUGGUACCCGGAGGCAGAGGAGGCAGGCACAGCAUCCUCGCUGGGAAUUGGAGCUGAAGUGAGCGCACCGUGCGGGAGGAGCCACCGCAGCCUCGGAGAACGGAGUGGAGGAGGUGACAGCUCCAUUGCCGGGUUUUUAUUUUCUUCUCUCUCCGCCUCCCCGUCUCCUCCUCAGGCUCGGACCAUGGUGCAGUCCCACUGGCUCCCCUGCCCCCCUCUCCUGUGAGACUGGCUGCGGGGUGGGAUCAUGGAUACUUGUCUGCCGGCUUCUGGUUCCCACGCAAGUAAGCCUGCUGUCAAUGGAGGAGGACAUUGAUACCCGCAAAAUCAACAACAGUUUCCUGCGCGAUCACAGCUAUGCGACCGAAGGAGCCAAGAGAAACCCCCGAGAGAGAGAAUAGUGGCACAAUAAUGAAGCAUGAAUUACCCAGAUGAAAGCAUCUAUGGAAGCAAAGCUGACAUUAUCUCUACGGUAGAAUUCAACCACACGGGAGAGUUACUAGCGACAGGGGACAAGGGGGGUCGGGUUGUAAUAUUUCAGCGAGAACAGGAGGUGCUUGUGGAGGAGCGAACUCCAGCUGUUGUCUUGGGAUCUCUCCUCCGGGUGUUGAAAUUCAAUCUCCCUUCAUUUCAGAGUAAAAACCAGGUUCAUCGUAGGGGUGAAUACAAUGUUUACAGCACAUUCCAGAGCCAUGAACCCGAGUUCGAUUACCUGAAGAGUUUAGAGAUAGAAGAAAAAAUCAAUAAGAUAAGAUGGCUCCCUCAGCAGAAUGCAGCUUACUUUCUUCUGUCUACCAACGAUAAAACUGUGAAGCUGUGGAAAGUCAGUGAGCGUGAUAAGAGGCCAGAAGGCUACAACCUGAAAGAUGAGGAGGGCCGACUCCGGGAUCCUGCCACCAUCACAACCCUGCGGGUGCCCGUCCUGAGACCCAUGGACCUGAUGGUGGAGGCCACCCCACGAAGAGUGUUUGCCAAUGCGCACACGUACCACAUCAACUCCAUAUCUGUCAACAGCGACUACGAGACCUACAUGUCUGCUGACGACCUGAGGAUUAAUCUGUGGAACUUUGAGAUAACCAAUCAGAGUUUUAAUAUCGUGGACAUCAAGCCAGCCAACAUGGAGGAGCUCACAGAGGUGAUCACCGCGGCCGAGUUCCACCCCCAUCACUGCAACACCUUUGUAUACAGCAGCAGCAAGGGGACAAUCCGGCUGUGCGACAUGCGGGCAUCCGCCCUAUGUGACAGGCACACCAAGUUUUUUGAAGAGCCGGAAGAUCCAAGCAACAGAUCGUUUUUCUCUGAAAUUAUCUCUUCAAUUUCGGAUGUGAAGUUCAGCCACAGUGGGAGGUAUAUCAUGACCAGAGACUAUCUGACCGUGAAAGUCUGGGACCUCAACAUGGAAAAUCGCCCUAUCGAGACUUACCAGGUUCAUGACUACCUCCGCAGCAAGUUGUGCUCCCUCUAUGAAAAUGACUGCAUUUUUGAUAAAUUUGAGUGUGUGUGGAACGGGUCGGACAGUGUCAUCAUGACGGGCUCCUACAACAACUUCUUCAGGAUGUUCGACCGGAACACCAAGCGUGAUGUGACCCUUGAGGCCUCGAGGGAAAACAGCAAACCCCGGGCUAUCCUCAAACCCCGAAAAGUGUGCGUCGGGGGCAAGCGAAGAAAAGACGAGAUCAGUGUCGACAGUCUGGACUUUAGCAAAAAGAUCUUGCAUACAGCUUGGCAUCCUUCAGAAAAUAUUAUAGCAGUGGCGGCUACAAAUAACUUAUAUAUAUUCCAGGACAAGGUUAACUAGGAGGACAAGCUAUCACUUAGUCUCACAUACUGAAUACUAGUCAAACAAGUUUUUAAAUGUUUCUUUGGGUCUUCAUUUGAUGCAUUGAGUUUCAUUUCCCUAUGCAUAAAACGAUUGGAAUAGAAUUAAAAAGGAGUUCAAUGUUCCCAGCUCCCCAAUUCUAAGGAACUUUUGUCAAAGUCAGUAGACUCGGGCCACUUCUGUUUAGAAUCGAGAGCUGCCAACUGGCACUAAUUCUUCCAUAGUUGACUUGAAUUUCUGAUGCGUUCAUUCAUUGCUCGGUUUCCUCUGGUGGGUUCUGUGUUUUGUUUCUAGGUGUCUGCUGCGAUAAAAUGAGAUUGUCUGUAGUAUUUAAGGAGAAAAGAGAUAAGGUUUUUUUUUUAAUUAAGCAAUUCCAUUUGUUUGAAAAAAAUCAACAAAAAAUAAACACUGUUUACUCUUA